AUGCGGCCCACCAGCCACAUUUUCAUUCUUUGUUCGCUACUCCUGCUGGUGUCGUUUGCGAAAGCCUCGUUGGGGGAUGGCAAGGUUCAUUUAGCACAGCCAAUCGCGCUUGCAAGACGGCAAAAUAGAGAAGACACUACGGCGGAUGGACCUUCGAGGACAGAGGAUCCCACAAUCACUGAAGCCCCGACGGAGACCGGGGACUCAGAAGAAACCGGAAGAAAUACCGACGGAAAUACCGAUACAACUGCUGGAACAAAAGAUACGGGUACCAGAACGACAAAUCCGAGGCCCACAAGUGUCCCCUUUGAUGCCCCCGCAGGCGGUAUUAAGCUUAUCGAACCAGCCAUAACCGAUGGACCAACCUACAUUAAAAUCGGGACGACAGCAACAUUCAAAUGGAACUACACAUCCCUCCUCGUCUCCCCGACCGCCGUCGAUGCGGUCGCAUACUGUAGCAAAAACGACCAUUCAUACACCAUUUCUGGGAACAUGACCGUUGCACCAACCGUAGAGAUCGAGUGGGAUACGGGUGCCUACAGAACAAGCGACGUGCCGUUACUCACGGAAGACUACACGCUCAUGGUGUAUGACAAUUCUAAAGAUCCCUCUACUAUCCCUGGGCCAGGUGAAUUGGGUUCCCAAAACCAGUUUGUCUUUGGAAUGUAUUACCCUCAACCAUAUACUCCACGUCAAGAUUUCGUCUGUCCCGGUUGCAACAGUGCUGUCUCAGAUAUGGAACGACAAGCUCUUAAGUUCAUUGUUGGCAUGUCCGCAGUCACAGUUCUCUCUUUCACAUGGUUCGUUACGGGCGUUGUUGGACUUCUUUAA